AUGGCUAGUCAUGGCGUUCGGCGCUUCAAAGUAGUAGAGAAGACGCCGGAGGAGAGGCAACUGGAGCUGCAGAAGAUAGACGACUACAAAGCCCUAGAACGCCUGGUCUCCGAAAAGGUCGCCGAGCAUGAAUAUACAGCUGAUACACUGAGGAAGACCUCGGAUUUGCUGAGUCGCAACCCAGAAUACUACACGAUUUGGAACUAUCGACGACAGGUGCUCCGGCAUCAGUUUUCCGAAGCUGAAGCUUUACCAGAGAAAGAGGCAUCGAACCAGAUCGCAGAAUUGAUCAAGAAUGACCUGAUGUUUUUAAUUCCCCUGUUGCGCAGCUUCCCGAAAUGCUACUGGAUCUGGAACUACCGCCUGUGGCUCUUAGAUGAAGGUCGCCGUUUGCUCCCACUGGCCUUGGCUCGUCAGUUCUGGCAAGAGGAACUGGCUUUAGUGAGCAAGAUGCUGACACUGGACGGGCGCAACUUUCAUGGCUGGGGAUAUCGACGCCUCGUAGUCGAGACCUUGCGUCAACUUGGGACCCCGGUCGAGGCUGCCAGCAUGACCCAGAUGGAAUUUGAAUAUGCGAAGAAGAUGAUCGGCGCCAAUCUGUCGAACUUCUCCGCAUGGCACUACCGUACGAAGCUUAUCCACCAACUAUUGGAGGAACAGACCGCAAGUGACGAGGAGCGACGAAGGAUGUUGGACGAAGAGCUGUCUCUUGUUCACCAGGCCUUGAUUGAUCCUUACGACCAGUCCUUGUGGUUCUAUCACCAGAAUCUGAUGUGCGUGUUUGACCCGGCCAUGGCCAGCCGGACUCUGGCUCCGAACCUGAGCACGUCAGAGCGACUUCAUUACCUCCGUGAUGAGAUCGAUACUGUUCAGGAGAUGCUGGAUGGGGCAGAAGAUUGCAAGUACAUCUACCAGGCCCUGAUUGAAUGUACAUUGCUUGCCUCCAAGGUAGCGGAUCACUUGUCCGCGGCCGACCGGGCCCAGAUUCUGAGCUGGCUCUCGGAGCUGAAGCAAUUAGAUCCACUGCGACGACAGCGGUGGCUGGAUUUCGAGAAGACCCUGUAG